UCUUGCAAAUGAAGAAAACUUUUUUUUUUACUUUUUAAUAUGAUAUUUCAUUUGUAGGUCCUUUAUUUAGAAAGAAUAUUUGCCUCCUCUACCUAGUAGAGAGCAAACUGAGACCUACUAAAUCGCGAGGAAUGCCUGUCUAAAUUUUACGGUCAAAUGGCAAGUCACAUGAGCUCGAACAAAUUAUAAGAAUUAUCUUUGUCUUUCUAGUGCUGUUCACUCUCCCUUCUGCAUACAGGAGCUGCAGAAAAUAUCUCAAGUUUAAGGUGUUGAUGGACAUGGAAUGCAGUGAUAUGAGCAUGUAUUUUACAGCAACCAAGAGUGUAAAUCAUCUUUUAUUCAAAGGAUGGCAUAUUUCAUCCAUUGGUGAUAUGAUCGGAACAAUGGCUGCCGCAUUCCUGUUUGCUGUACUUUAUGAAGCCUUAAAAGCAGUUGUUGCAUAUCACUACAAUAAGCCAUUACCCAAACAUGGUCAUCAAAAAAACAAUCAAGAACAAACACCUCUCGUCUCAAGUGAAUCAAUAAAUCACAUAGAGCAUUUUAGAUUAAAAGAUCACAYCAUCAAAACCAUCAUCUAUGUAGCCAACCUCGUGUAUGCAUACAUAUUGAUGCUUGUUGCUAUGUCAUACAAUGUCUGGUUGUUCUUGGCUCUUGUUCUUGGACUUGGCUUUGGUUAUUUCUUCUCUCAGCCUUUGUUUCAAUCAUUCUUGAUCACUUCCAAAAUAAAKAGAUUUAAAUCAUAUGGCUCAACACAUGGAAACUUAUAGAGCCAUAUAAAGGUGCAAUGUGCUGAUAGACCAAUUAAUAACGGCAUCUAGAAAUAAAUGRGUAAUGAUUCUCAAGUUAACAGGGUCGUGAAUUGUAGAGGAACGAGCUUGAAAAAACGUUUGCAGAGCUAAUUCUUAAAAUAUAUAUAGGCUAGAGUUGAAUUAUCAGAKAAGUACUCAUCAGUAUUAUUAUACUUUGUUUCAUGUAUAUUUUUUAUCAAGAGUUCAAGAAUCUCAAGUACUUACCGUUUCA